CCUCCUCCCAUAAUGUGUUCUUUGUCUCAGGGAGACAGUCAGGAGUAGUUGAGACCCACAGAGGCAUGUGUUGUGCAUCGUAGUAGAUCUAUCUCCUGCUGCUAUCAGGGUGACAUGGACGAGGGCAGUGUGAGGAAGAGGAAGGACAUGUUUAAUGGAGGCCCCGCCCCCGACCCCGCCCCCGGCCCAACCUCCAAUAUGUCUGCCUCCCACUCCAAGCCUGCUGAGGAAGACGUGAAGGCUACCGUGCUACAGAAGGAUGUGGGCCUUUUGAGUGGGAUCUGUCUGAUCGUAGGAACCAUGAUCGGCUCCGGCAUCUUCAUCUCCCCUAAGGCAGUGCUGCUGGAAACGGGAGCCGUAGGACCUUGUCUGUGUGUCUGGGCUGCCUGCGGGGUGCUAGCUACACUGGGGGCGCUGUGCUACGCGGAGCUGGGCACCAUGAUCACUAAGUCUGGAGGGGAAUAUGUGUACUUGAUGGAGGCCUAUGGCUCAGUGAUGGCCUACCUCUACUCAUGGAGCACCAUCAUGGUCCUAAAGCCCUCCUCCUUCGCCAUCAUCGCCCUGAGCUUAGCAGAGUAUGCCUCCACGCCGUUCUACCCAGGAUGCACUCCUCCCAUUGUGGUCACCAAGUGCCUGGCUGCAGCGUGCAUAUUUAUGAUCGUGUUGGUGAACUGUCUCAGUGUGAAGCUAGCCAGCUAUGUCCAGAACUUCUUCACUGCAGCCAAGCUUCUCAUCAUCCUGGUCAUCAUAGUGGCGGGCAUUGUCCUCUUGGCACAAGGAAACACUGAGAAUCUGUCCAACCCAUUUGAAGGAGCCUCAACCUCCUUUGGAUCCAUUGGACUGGCGUUUUACAACGGGCUCUGGGCCUACGAUGGGUGGAAUCAGCUGAACUUUAUAACAGAGGAGCUGGAAAACCCAAACAGAAACCUUCCCCUGGCCAUUAUCAUUGGUAUUCCCUUGGUGACUUUGUGCUAUGUGCUGGUCAACAUUGCCUACUUCAGCGCCAUGACCCCUACGGAACUACUACAGUCUCCCGCUGUUGCUGUGACUUUUGGUGACAGAGUGCUGUACCCCCUGUCGUGGGUAGUCCCUGUGUUUGUCGUCUUCUCCACCUUCGGAGCGGCCAAUGGGAGCUGCUUCACAGCCGGCAGGUUGACCUAUGUGGCAGGAAGAGAGGGUCACAUGGUAAAGAUCUUGUCCUAUAUCAGUCUGAAGCGUUACACUCCUUCCCCUGCCCUCAUCUUCAAUGGUAUUCUGGCCGUAUUCUACAUUAUCCCAGCAGACAUCAACACCCUGAUCAACUACUUCAGUUUCGCCCUGUGGGCUUUCUACGGCCUCACAGCUCUCGCUCUCAUCGUCAUGCGCUUCACCAGGAAGGAACUCAAGAGGCCCGUCAAGUGUCCCAUUCCCAUAGCAGUGCUGGUGGUGAUAGUGUCCUGCUACCUGGUCCUAGCACCGAUCAUAGACAAGCCAGAGCUGGAGUAUCUGUACUGUACCAUCUUCAUCCUCAGCGGUCUGCUGCUCUACUUCCCCUUCGUUCACCGCAGGUUCAGCUGGACACGCAGGGUCAUGAGGCCAAUCACCAUGCACCUCCAGCUGCUGAUGGAGGUCGUUCCUCCUGAGAAAAACGAAUAGAGGAAGAUAAUAAACAGCCUAAACUGACUGAUGUGGACAAAUGUAUUUGUGCAUCCCAAAUGUUACCCUUUUCCCUAUGUGGUGCACUACCCCAUAGACCCUAGUAAAAAGCAGUGCACUACUUAGGAAAUAGGGUGCCAUUUGAGACACAGCAUUGAAAUUAAGGUUCUGUACUGUGUCAUAAUGAAUGUUCUGUCCUGUCUCAUAAUGAAUGUUCUGUACUGUCUCAUAAUGAAGGUUCUGUACUGUCUCAUAAUGAAUGUUCUGUACUGUGUCAUAAUGAAGGUUCUGUACUGUGUCAUAAUGAAGGUACUGUACUGUGUCAUAAUGAAGGUUCUGUACUGUGUCAUAAUGAAGGUACUGUACUGUGUCAUAAUGAACGUUCUGUAACUGUGUCAUAAUGAAUAUUCUGUCCUGUCUUAUAAUGAAUGUUCUGUACUGUGUCAUAAUGAAUAUUCUGUCCUGUCUUAUAAUGAAUGUUCUGUACUGUGUCAUAAUGAAUAUUCUGUCCUGUCUUAUAAUGAAUGUUCUGUACUGUGUCAUAAUGAAUAUUCUGUCCUGUCUUAUAAUGAAUGUUCUGUACUGUGUCAUAAUGAAUAUUCUGUCCUGUCUUAUAAUGAAUGUUCUGUACUGUGUCAUAAUGAAUAUUCUGUCCUGUCUUAUAAUGAAUGUUCUGUACUGUGUCAUAAUGAACGUUCUGUAACUGUGUCAUAAUGAAGGUUCUGUACUGUGUCAUAAUGAAGGUACUGUACUGUGUCAUAAUGAAUGUUCUGUACUGUGUCAUAAUGAACGUUCUGUAACUGUGUCAUAAUGAAGGUUCUGUACUGUCUCAUAAUAAACGUUCUGUCCUGUC